AUGGGAGCUGAUGGUGGAACAACUGCCAAAAGACAAGAUAUAUUAUCACUACAUAACGCAAGAACACCACAACCACAUCCAAAAGAAGAAGAACAACAAAUUUUAUUACAAAGUUGUGCAAUUUCAGGAUUACCAUUAUAUAAUAAUGCACCAAUAGUUGGAGAUUAUAGAGGUAAAUUAUACAUUAAGGAAAAAAUACUACAAUAUCUUUUAGAAGUGAAGUUAGAUAAAUUGAAACUACAGCUACAAUUUCAGCACCUUAAAAGUUUGAAAGAUUUGAAAACAGUUACAAUAACAUGGAAACUUAUAAAAGAUGUUGCACAUUUCCAAUGUCCCAUAACAAAAGAAUUAGAUGAAAAAACUUCAUACACUUAUCUCAGACCAUGUGGAUGUGUAAUGUCAUAUAGGCUACUUCUUGAACUUAAAAAGAACCUUGGAGAUGCAGCGCAGUCAAAAUGUCCAGUGUGCAAUCAAAAAUUCACAUUUGAUUAUGAUUUAGUAAUUAUAAAUCCUAUAAAUAAACCCACCUAUGAAAAAAUAAACCAAGUUAGUUAUAACUACCUCAAAGACGUACUUCACUUAAGUAAUAAUCUAGAACCCCUAAAGAAAAAGAAGAAAGUAGAUGACUUUAUUAAAAAACGAAAACAAGAUUUAGAUGAUGGACUGGAAAUGAGUAAACGAAUUAAAACAUAA